CAGCGCAAGACAGCAGAAAAUUUUAACGCGUCUGUAAAAGUGAAAAUUUAGCAUACUAGACUAAAUAAUUCUUGUUCAGUUAGCUUUGAUUUUGUACCUUGCCGUGCCCUGACUGCAUUCAAAGUGAAGUUGUCUGAUAGGUGUUGUUUAAUAGUCGACAAUUACGUGAAAUUGUUAGCCUCCGUGACGAAGAACGAUUUCAGCACAAAAGUGCUGCAGAGCCCGAGCACCUGAAAGUGUCAUUCGGCGUGCGGAGCAGAUUGAGGUUGUGAGGUGGAGUUUGUGAUAAAAUUGGUGCCCCCAAGCACUGAUACUUGACGCCGAUCUACUCUACCUACAUCAGGCGAAGAUAUGGGUCGCAAGAAGAAGAAGGCAUCGAAGCCGUGGUGCUGGUACUGCAACCGAGAGUUCGACGAUGAGAAGAUUCUAGUACAGCAUCAGAAGGCAAAGCAUUUCAAAUGCCACAUCUGCCACAAAAAGCUUUACACCGGUCCAGGCCUUUCCAUACAUUGCAUGCAGGUUCACAAGGAAUCGAUCGAUAAGGUGCCGAACUCGCUCCCGAACCGGUCGAAUAUAGUGAUUGAAAUCUAUGGCAUGGAAGGCAUUCCACCGGAAGAUAUUCGUGAACAUGAGAAGCAGAAAAACGGUAACCGCUCGGAAUCGGAGGAGGAGGAGCCAGCGCACAAGAAGAUGAAACAACCCGAAGCUACCACCGUUUCGCAAGGGAUGAUGAUGCAGAAUAUGAUUGCGCCCCAUUUGCAAGCGGCGUACGGCAUGAACCCCAUGAUGGGAGCGAUGGGGGGCAUGAACCCGUACAUGGUACCACCCGGGAUGCAAAUGAUGCCUGCGAUGAUGGGAGCCGCACCUCGGCCGCUCUUCCCGGCCGCAGCCGCCAGCGUGGCGACGGUAGCUAGCACAUCGAAAGCUACCUUCCCUGCGUACAGCUCGGCCACAAUUAGCGCACCGCCAACGACCAACAGUGCCAUCUCUGCCGCUGCAGCAAACAACAACAACAUCAACAAUGGACUGGGUGGCGGUGACGCUUCAAAGGCGGCAGCCUCUUCUGUGAUACCGAACGCGGGAACGGCCACGUCGAAGAUUGUCCAUCCACCGGAAGAUCUUAGCUUGGAGGAACUACGUGCCCGAAAGCCACAGUAUCACAAGCAAAUUCAGCAGGCCACGCAACAGUUACUGCAGCAGAAGCAGCAGGAAAAGCAGCAGGCGCAAGUGGCAGCCGCCGUGGCCGCAGCUCAGCAACAACUGCAGGCACAGGCACAAGCGCAGCUUAAACACCACCAGCAACAACAACAACAGCACCAGCAGCAUUUGCAACAACAGCAUCAGCAACAUCUGCAGCAACAACAUCAGCAGCAUCUGCAACAACAGCAGCAACAGCAACAGCAGCAGCAACAGCAGCAACAGCAGCAGCAACAACAACAGCAACAGCAGCUUCAGCAAUUGUCACCCUUUUCGUCCGCCUCCGGAACAGCGACAGUUGCUUCCAACACCCAGACAACGGCCUCGAUGAAGGACAAUCGUAUGAUGUCGCCGCAAGAACAAGCCGCCGUGAUAGCGCAUGCUGCUCAGGCUGCUGCGGCGAACCAUCAUAAGCAGAUUGAGGAAUUGAAUCGUGCCGCAAUGAUUCAACGAUUUCAGGCAGCGAAUGCAGCCGUGGCCAAUGCUGCCGCCGCUGCCGCCUCGAGACCGGGAAUGCCAAUUGGAAUGGUUCCGGUGUCGCUAGGAGGACCCAUGCCGCUAAUGCAACCAAUGAUGCGCCAAGGGUUGGCCCUUGGCCCACCGGGCGGGGGAAAUUUGGCGCUGCUAGGGGGUAACAUGUUACGCCCUGGUCCACCACAAAUGGGUCUUGGUCCAGGUGGGUUACUAACGCAAAUUCCAACCGUACCCGGCAUGGGUGUCAUGUUUCCGGGGGCUCCAAUGCUGCCGAUGAUGCCGCCACGUUUCCGGUGAUCGAAUCAGCCAACACUGCUACCGCACCUGGCUUUAUCAUCUGCACAGCAACGUCCACUAGUAGCAACGGUAACACCAACAACGUUACCACCACUGUUGCAAAGACUUCCGUUAUCCAUAUUAUAUCCAUAAUGAAGCAGAGAAAGCGCCGAAAAAGGAUGUGUCCAACUUUAGCGAUCAGCGAUCUUCUCGUUCGUGUUUGACGUCGGUGAAAGUCGAUUGAAGUGACGUUGCAUCUUGACCAUCAUUGUGUACGGAGGUAGAAAUUACGCUAGUAAAAUAGGAUCCACAGGAUGAUCAUCUUCAAAAUGGCUGCGGUAUGUGGUUUUUAAUUCAUCUAUGUUAGUGGUACGAAUGGACGAAGGAAAGGGAUGUUACGUUGUUGAUAGAAACAAACAUAACAUUUUUAUGGCAUUAUUUUAAACAAACUAUUUAAAUUGCAAGGUAAGGAACAUAGUUGCUAUCUGAAAUGGAAGAAGAAAAUCGAAUCAAGACUAUACAGUCGCACCGGACAGAAUCGAUGGUUUACAGAUAAUAACGCUCAAUCUUGUGUAAUGUAUGGCGUUUCAAGUGUUCAGACAUGCGUCUGUUGCGUUAUGGAAAUGAUUGACACACUAAUACCCACAACAUAAGGAUGCAAAAUAGCUCGCAGCGUAGGCAUCAAGCGUAAUGGCUUCCUGGGUAAUAGGCAAAUGAUUCCCAUCUAAUGAUGAAGUUAGAGUGAGUGAGAUGGAAUGGAGAUUCGAUUCUUUAAUUUCGAAAUUUUUAAUCAUUCAGAAUUAUAUUGCGGACUUGGCCUCAAAUAAGUCUAAAUAAAUCAUCUUGGCGAAUGGAAUCAAGUUUUACACAGAUUUAACUUACUCACUCACUCUGACUUGAGUUUGAGGCCUCACUAUUCCCGUCAACAAAUAAAGCAAAACACGCGGCAUGUCAAAUUUGGUCGGCUGAAUUUACGCUUCACAUCAUCUUCAUAAAGUUGACGUGAUUUUAGUAAGUUAGACAUUUGUUGUACGAAGUCGUUGUCAACCAGUCGGUUAGGAUUAUGUUUAAUCGUUUGGGCAGUGCAGGUUAUGGCAGCAAAUCGGUGUCGGUAGUGGUUAACAGUCCGUUGGUUAUCACUGAUCAACCUUUAUCCACUUAUAGUUGUGUAUCACUCAAAGUCCCUCGUCUGAAGUAUGGAACUUAUACAUAAUUUUUUCGGUUUCAAUCGAUAUUUCGAAAUUUUAUAGCCCCUUUUUGAAUUGUGUUCAGAUUUGUAGAAAUUUCUCAUCUUGAGCUCCCCCUGAAGAAAUUUGAUCAUGGUAUCGUGACCAAGUUCACAAAAAAUGCCCAAAGAAACAUCGUGAGUAACCGCUAUAACUGUGUUAAUAAACAGUGUGAGAAACACUCUCAAAAGUGGCAGGAGAAAGCGAAAAGCUUGAAAGAUAUUUUGUGAGAAUAUCUUACACAGCCUAUUAACAUAGUAACAAACUGAGAAACUUAACAAAUCAAAAGCCUUAAAAUUUAUCUUUUCACAAUGUAUAUUAUUUCGUUUUCUCGGAUUGCGCUCUGCACUGAAAACAUAGAACCGGCAUUAGAAGGUUACUCAAAUGAGGCUGUGCUUUACUUUAGCAGAUAGAUUUUUUUUGUUUGCGUUUGGUUUUAUUUUAUAUGUUUUGUGAGCUCGCCAAACUAUCUAUCAUUGCUUUUUUCAUCAAAUUUAGAAGGAUUUUUUUUAGAAAGUUUAACAUGCGUUUUGAAAAAUGCGCCCAAUUGUGUUUGGUCUAACUUGCUAUUCUGCAAGUUAUUUUUAGAACGUCUCUUCCAAUGUCAACAUCCUUCCCAAUUGCACAGUUUCCAUAUGUUUCUUUGGUUUAGAGUAGUGAUUUACCAAAGCUUUUAACUUAACGAACAUUUUGCAUAAUAUUUGAGAUACAUUGAUUUCAGUACAUUGAGUUUGUAUGUUUCACGCAGUAUCCUGGAUGCUCUCUGUGCAUUACCCAGGCUUUAUCAUUUCUAGUGACCUGAUAUUAAUGAAGAAAAACAUCAAGUUGUGGAACGCUUUCAAAUACGAUAAAACUACCAAAACACGAACACGUGGGAAGAUAUGUUUUUUCCGUACUUGGUAUAUUCCUGCCGAUUGGGACCGAUUGAUAUAAAGUGUAGGCUA